AUGUCAGCGCAUCUGCAAUGGAUGAUCAGGUGGAACUGCUCCAGCUUCUUGAUCAAGAGAAGCAAGCAGACGUGUAGCACCGAGCCCAAUAACCUGAAGGCCCGCAGCUCCUUCCGCUACAACAGGUUCGUUCACCGCCGGACUGUGGGCGUGGAGCCGGCGGCAGACGGCAAAGGGGUCGUGGUGGUCAUGAAGUGGAGAUCCAGCCAGCGAAAGGUAGCCGCUUCCUACAUGCGGACCACCAUCAACAAGAACGCCCGGGCGACCCUCAGCAGCAUCCGGCACGUGAUCCGAAAGAACAAGUACCGCCCAGAUUUUCACGUGGCCGCCAUCCGCAGAGCCAGCGCAGGCCUGCGCAGCCAGAAGCCUGUGAUGGCGAAGAGAAAGCGGACUCGCCCCACCAAGGGCUCCUGA